GUUUUCCCAGAUCCAAAGCUCAAAAAGUUCACCGACUGCCACCCACAACAAUGUCUGACAAAAGAAACGCUUUUCUCGACGCCGGCGAUAGUGACGAAGAUGUCGGCCGCGAUUAUGAUUCGGAGGAUGAUUUCCAAAAGGGUGGCCCCAGCGCGAAGCGCAGAAGAGUAAACGACGAGGAUAGCGAGGCUGAAGACAUUACCGACGACGAGCGAUACCAAGACCAAGACGAGGAUGGUGGCGCAAAGCUCGACUCAGAACCCCAAGAGUCCGGCGACGAGGCAGAGGAAGGAAAAGACUCCCAAGAAAAGAAACCGAAGAAGACAAAGGUCGAACUGCCCGGCGUCAAGAAUUCACUGCUCAAGAAGAACCUUGUUGUCUCCGAAGCUGCCAUCAAAAAGUCAGGUGUUAUCUACCUAUCGCGCGUACCGCCAUUCAUGAAGCCCCAGAAGCUACGAUCACUUCUCGAACCAUACGGCCAAAUCAACAGGAUAUUCCUCGCCCCCGAGGAUCCAGCAGUCCACGCGCGCCGCGUCCACGCCGGAGGUAACAAGAAGCGGUCCUACGGCGAGGGAUGGGUCGAGUUUAUCAAGAAGAAGGAUGCUAAAAAGGUGGUCGAUCUCUUGAAUGCGCAAACAAUUGGUGGGAAGAAGUCGAGUUGGUACAGAGAUGAUGUGUGGGCCAUGAAAUAUUUGAAUGGUUUCAAAUGGCACCAUCUCACAGAGCAAAUCGCCGCCGAGAACGCCGAACGAGCCAGCAGAAUGCGCGCCGAAAUCAGCAAAUCCACCAAGGAGAACAAGGAGUUUGUGCGGAACGUGGAGAGGGCAAAGGUGUUGCAGGGCAUGGAAGCAAAGGCUGCGGCCAAGCGGAAAAAGGCCACAGAAGACGAGAAGAAGGAAUAUGGAGGCGGCAGUGCGGUCCAAGAAGGGGUUUCUCAAAAGAAGAGGAGGACGUUUGCACAGGUACCGCUGGCAAAGAAGACGAAGCAGGAGGACCAGCCAGAGCAUGUGCAAAGAGUGCUCAGCAAGAUCUUUUGAUCGUUGAAGCCCCCUUUUUAUUGUUCGGCAUCUCUUUUGCAUGUGCGUAUACCCUUUACUAGCACCCAACACCUCAAUUCGUAUAGUGAUUGGAACAACAGGGCUUUGUGGUGCUGCAUAGCAAAAUGUGCCGAUACUUGCUCUCAGGAUAUCUAUAAUUCUGGCCUUCUCGUAUGUCAAAUGCUCG